AUGGCAGACGUCGACAUGCCCGACGUUGGUCCCCCAACCGACCACAUUGACACCUCUACCCCCGAAGAGACGCUCAAGUUACUCUACGAUCUUGACGCACUGACACAGAUUCCAGAAGGGGAGUUCACCAAGGACAUUCCCCCACCGCCGAUAGGAGAGUUUACCAAGCCAGCUAGUAAGUCCACACCGACGCAAGAUGGGCAGCCUGGACCUUCGUCGGUACCGGGCGGCUCAGGAAACCAGGUUGAUGAUGAGGAGGAGGAGGAGGAGGAGGAGGAGAGCGACGACGAAUACGACGAGCGUCCUCCGCGUAGCACGAAUCCGCGCACCUUGGAAGAACGCCUCCGGCGGGAACUUGAAUACAUAGAUGACAUGCUAGAACAGGACGAGGACGAGGACGAGCAGAACAUGGCGGUGCCACGCGAACAGUGGAGAGCAGCAGACUUCGUCGAGGACGACAUGGUUUACGCAAGCAUCGACGUGCUGGUCAUAGACGCCCUACGCCACCUGCAAACCUUGGAGAAGAAUAGCACGCUGAGGCUGUACACCUCGUUCAUCUACCAUUACAAGAGGUGGGCGGCAAAAAUGCUGACGAAAAUACGCGACAAGCUUCCCCAGGAGCACAGGCUUAGGCACGUCGACGAGAUCGGCCACUACAUCCGGGACAACAAGAAGAAGAAUUGGGACAAAGUGGCCGAGGUCCCCCGAGAGUACAUCUGGCUGCAUGGCCCUAGGGUAACCGAAACCCGGCUGCGCGCCUAUGUGAAGUUCAUGAUACGUGAGUGUCAGCUCGAUGCCGAGUCGAUCGAGGAGGGGAACAAUGCCCCGCGAACCCAGCCGGUGCAAGGUACAACGGUGCACACGCUCCUCGGGCGCAUAAAGGCAUGCCAGAUGGCGGCGAGAGUGGAGGCGACGCUCUACCGGGAGAAGGAGCUGAGCAUCAUGCGGGAGAUAUCGGUGGUCAGAUCGGAGGUGCGGUUCAUGGUCCGCACCAAGAACGAGAGGGACGUCAAGAAUUGUGCCGACCGGCGUCGCGGCACCAUCGGCGAUACAUACACCGCCGAACAGUUCCGCCAGAUCAUGAUGAAGGUGCUGCCGACAUGGGCGGCGUCGGCGUGGAACCCGCGGGCAACCGCUCCUUCGCAGACGCUGUGGCGAUUUCUGCUCACCAAGGCGCUCACGCUACUCUCCCACCACACUCUCCUGCGAGGCGCCAGCAUCCGCGAGAUCACGCUCCCCGACAUCUUCUUGUACCGACUGGCUAGCACCUCGUCGAUAAACCCGGAGAACCAGCCGGUCGUCAUGGUGAUCGCCGCGCGGAACUCGAAGACUUCCAAGGAUGCCCGUCUUCAGCAGAGCUACGCGGCGCGACACCUGGAAGCGGAGUUGUGCGCCGUCGGCGAGGCAGUUGUGGACGACCAACAAGGUGUUCUGCAAGCAGAACGUGCACGCCGCUCGCGCCGGAGGCGGAAACGCGAGCUGCCAAAGAAGGGAGCGACGCCGACAAAGCCGCCGUGCACUUCUGGCGAAAUCUCCGUUCGCUUGGACACCGAAUACCAUAACAUGUCCCUCAAGGAGACGCUGAAGUACGAGAGGGAGCGCGCCGCGGUCGAGAAGAUCGACCUUCAGGAUGAACUCGAGAAGCGCGACGAUACCAUCGCGACGCUGACCGCCGAGAUAACCCGUCUCACUGAGGCACUCCGUGUGUCAGAAGCACGGAGGAUGCCGGAGACGCCGCCGUCGGGGAACGAGCAGACGCCGAGCGAGAGUGGCUCCGCGGAUUCGGCCAGUCCGGGGGCCAGAAACAAGAAACGGUACGAGAAACCCCCACAGACGCUCGACGAGGCUCGUUACGAGCUCAACGUGGUGCAACCUUGGCGGGAGUCAAAGACCGUGAGGGACGCUUGGCGCCUCUGGAACUCCGCCACCGCCGAUGACACCCGCCGUCUUUGCGAUAGGGUCGCCGAGCCGGGAUUCGUCGACCGCCACACCCUCCUCAAAGGCGCGACGCAGGGUGCACACGACAUGAAGGUGCGCCGCAUGCUGAAGGCCAUGGAUACGGUGCGCCUUCUUCGCUCGAGCGACGGCGAUGCCGACACCGAAGCCGUCGUCGCUGCCCUGAACAAGAUCGCGGCGCCGGGCAUCGGGACCUUCUGCGAUGCCCUCACGGUGCUCAAACCGGGAACCGCACCGACGAAGUCCAAGGAGCCCGGCAUGGGCGUCAAGGGGCUGGGCCCCAAGUCGGUCUCGAAGCUACGUCUCGCCUGUGCGCUGGUGGCGGUCAACUUGAAGCCGACCGCUUGGGUCGCCGUCCUGUUUCCAGACACCUGGGAGGAGCAGAUGCCGAAGACCGUGGCGGACAUGGAGCGGCAGACCGCACCUGUGCUGCGUCCUCCGACGAAGCGCAAGAAGGCGGCAUGA